AUGAAUCAUAUUACGAAAGAUAACCUUAUUGAUCUGAACUCAAAACUAACUGAUGAAAAUUAAAGACUAACCUUGCUUGUAUACAGUCUUCAGCGAUAACUGGAGAAGGCAGCAGUUUAAAUAAACUAAACUUAAUCAUUAGAAGAAAGGUUGGAAAUAGUCUAAUAAGAAUUAAUAUAGCUUAGAAGGGACAAUCAAAACCUAUAAGAACAAUUAUUUCUCAUUAGUUUAUCAUCAACGACAAUGGAUAAAGAACAGACUUUAAAACAAGAGAUGGAAAGUGUGAAAGCAGAGUACGAAUAGAAAUUAUAAGCUUUGUAGAAGGAGAAUAAACGACUUAAUCGUAUAAAUAAGGAGUUAUAGAAUAAACAUAUUAACAACUUCGAAACCAAUGUCUCAAAAUUAAUGGAAUUAAGUGUUGAAUUAAAAAAUAAGUUGGAUAGUUUUGGAUAACAGCCAUCCUCCUUGAACUCAUCAAUGGCAGCUCCAAAAGUGUUGACAAAGUAGAUUUAUGAUAACCUAAUCCAACAACUGAGUCAAAGCAGUGGCGAAGAGAAGACUUUUCGAACAACUCAGUACUCAAUUUACUAAAUAUUAGGCCAAUUAGAUUGCCAAAUUUAUAAUCCAAAGAAAUUAGAUAGCCAAAAAGCAAUCUUCAAAAAAAUUUUACAGCUAUUCCUUUUAUUUAGAAUAUUAAUAAUAUUAAAUGA